AUGCUUCGAACGACAAGAAGUGUGACGCUGAAGGCGUCUGGAGCUUCCUCCAUCCUCAGACAAUCGUCGUAUACACGGUCGAUAUGUUCUGCAGCAAGGUCAAAUCUUCAUCUGGCCGCCCGCAAGCCUUUGAGUGUUGUCUGCGCCAGACAGCCCUGGAAGCAGGCCAGAAGUUAUGCUGUUGCGACUGGUGAGAGCAGCAAAGGAGUGGACCCAAACGAUUCAUUCCUCCAGGGGAACACCGCCAACUAUAUCGAUGAGAUGUACAUGGCCUGGAAAGAGGACCCCCAAAGCGUCCACGUCUCAUGGCGCACCUACUUCCACAACAUGGAAGAGGGUAAAAUGCCCAUCUCGCAAGCUUUCCAGCCUCCGCCUACCAUCGUCCCUACUCCUACCGGCGGUGUCCCUCAACAUAUGCCCGGAAACGCCGCUGGAACCAAUGUCUCAAACCAUCUCAAGGUUCAGCUACUCGUUCGCGCGUACCAGGCUCGCGGACACCACAAGGCAAAGAUUGAUCCUCUUGGCAUCCGCGGCGAGGCCGAUUCUUUCGGAUACAGCAAACCAAAGGAGCUCGAAUUGUCUCACUAUGGCUUCACUGAAAAGGAUCUGGACGAGGAGUUCGCUCUUGGACCCGGAAUUCUUCCACGUUUUGAGACCGAAACACGCAAGAAGAUGACUCUUCGCGAGAUUAUCGAUGCCUGCGAAAAGAUCUACUGUGGCUCUUUCGGUGUAGAAUACAUCCAUAUUCCAGACCGCGUUCCCUGCGACUGGAUCCGUGACCGUAUUGAGAUCCCACAGCCGUACAAGUACUCUGUUGACGAGAAGCGCCGCAUCCUCGACCGUCUCAUCUGGAGUUCCAGCUUCGAAUCCUUCUUGGCCACCAAGUUCCCCAAUGACAAGCGAUUCGGUCUGGAAGGUUGUGAGACCUUGGUACCCGGCAUGAAGGCUUUGAUCGACCGAAGUGUUGAUUACGGCGUCAAGGACAUUGUGAUUGGUAUGCCUCAUCGUGGUCGAUUGAACGUUCUUAGUAACGUCGUUCGUAAGCCCAAUGAGUCCAUCUUCAGCGAAUUCAGCGGUAGCGCCGAACCUUCUGAUGAGGGCUCCGGUGAUGUCAAGUACCAUCUUGGUAUGAACUUCGAGCGCCCGACUCCCUCUGGAAAGCGUGUCCAACUUUCCCUUGUCGCGAACCCGUCCCACUUGGAGGCCGAGGACCCCGUUGUCCUCGGAAAGACUCGUUCUAUUCAGCACUACAACAAUGAUGAGAAGGAGUUCAACACCGCUAUGGGUGUUCUUCUCCACGGUGAUGCUGCCUUUGCUGCCCAGGGUAUCGUUUAUGAGACCAUGGGCUUCCACGCGCUACCCGCAUACUCCACCGGCGGAACAAUCCAUAUCGUUGUCAACAACCAGAUCGGUUUCACCACCGAUCCUCGUUUCGCCAGAUCUACCCCUUACUGUUCUGAUAUCGCCAAGGCUAUUGACGCUCCCGUCUUCCACGUUAACGGAGACGAUGUUGAAGCGCUGAACUACGUUUGCCAGUUGGCUGCUGACUGGCGUGCUCAAUUCAAGAGCGACGUAGUCAUUGAUAUCGUCUGCUACCGUAAACAAGGUCACAAUGAAACCGAUCAACCCGCCUUUACCCAACCUCUCAUGUACAAGCGCAUUGCCUCGCAACAGAGCCAAAUCGACAAGUACGUCGAUAAACUCUUGAAGGAAAAGACCUUCACUAAGGAGGAUAUCGAUGAGCACAAGAAGUGGGUCUGGGGUAUGCUCAACGAUAGCUUCGACCGAAGCAAGGACUACACCCCAACCAGCCGAGAGUGGCUCACCUCCGCCUGGAACGGGUUCAAGACCCCCAAAGAGCUUGCGACUGAGGUCCUAGCUCAUCCUCCUACCGGCGUUGAAGCUGAGACUCUCCAGAUGAUCGGUGCGAAGCUCGGAAGCGUCCCCGAGAACUUCACCCCCCACCGUAACUUGAAGCGUAUCCUGGCCAAUAGGGAAAAGUCCAUCAACGAAGGUCAAAACAUUGACUGGUCCACGGCUGAGGCUCUUGCAUUCGGUACCUUGUGUAAGGAAGGCCACCACGUUCGUGUGUCUGGUCAGGAUGUUGAGCGUGGUACUUUCUCUCAGCGUCAUGCCGUUUUGCACGAUCAGGAGAACGAAAGCACAUACACCGCUCUGCAGCAUAUUAGCCCCGACCAAGGAUCCUUCGUUAUUUCUAACUCCUCCCUCAGUGAAUACGGAGCACUCGGCUUCGAGUAUGGCUAUUCUCUAACCUCUCCCCAUGCUUUGGUUAUGUGGGAAGCCCAGUUCGGUGACUUCGCCAAUAACGCCCAAUGUAUCAUUGAUCAGUUCAUUGCCUCCGGUGAAUCUAAAUGGGUCCAGCGAUCUGGUCUCGUUAUGUCUUUGCCUCAUGGAUAUGACGGUCAGGGCCCCGAGCACUCAUCCGGUAGACUGGAACGUUACCUCCAGCUUUGUAACGAAGAUCCUCGUGUGUACCCAAGUGCCGACAAGAUCGACAGACAACACCAGGACUGUAACAUCCAGAUUGCCUACAUGACCUCUCCCGCCAACUUGUUCCACAUUCUUCGUCGACAGAUCAACCGUCAAUUCCGAAAACCACUGAUCAUCUUCUUCUCGAAAUCACUCCUUCGUCACCCAAGCUGUCGAUCUUCUAUUGAAGAGUUCACUGGCGACUCUCACUUCCGCUGGAUCAUCCCUGAUGACCAGCACGGCAAACAGAUCAAUGAGCCCGAGAACAUCGAGCGUGUGAUAAUGUGUUCCGGUCAAGUCUGGGCUGCCCUGACCAAACAUCGUGAGGCCAAUGGAAUCAAGAACACCGCUAUCACCCGUAUCGAGCAAAUGCACCCCUUCCCCUGGCAACAGCUAAAGGAGAACCUUGAUAGCUACCCCAACGCUAAGGACAUCGUCUUCUGCCAAGAAGAGCCACUCAAUGCCGGAAGUUGGAGCUACAUGCAGCCUCGCAUUGAGACUCUUCUCAACGAGACCGUCCACCACAACAGACGCCAUGUUAUGUACGCUGGCCGUAACCCAAGCGCUAGUGUGGCCACCGGUUUGAAGAGCAGUCACAUCAAGGAAGAGCAAGAUCUAUUGCACGAUGCUUUCACUGUCCACCAGGAGAAGCUGAAGGGCGAGUAG